CUGACUCGUAUAUGAGAGUCGGCUAUCGAAGUUCACCUGAAAGAUCCGACUCUUUCUCUAGCGACUCAUCAUGAUUAAGGUUCCCGAGUAGUUUAAUUAACGGCACCUGCACCCAUAUGGCGCACGCGCCGCCGUCUCACUAUCUCGGCCCUGGUGCUCCUUUCGGUUCUAAUAUGUGUGCUUUUCCUUCCUGCCUCGACUCAAGACUUUUGCGAAAUGGAGCAGUGCGGAGUCAGAGUGAUGUGUCGGUUCAGACCUCUGAACGAGUCAGAAGUUAAGAGAACAAACAAACACGUCAUCAAAUUUAAAGGCAGGGAUUCGGUGGUGUUCAGUGGUAAGCCUUAUGUGUUUGACCAGGUUUUGCCACCCAACACGACGCAGGAGCAGGUUUAUGAAUCCUGUGCUAAAGACACUGUCAGAGAUGUUCUGGCUGGCUACAAUGGCACCAUAUUUACCUACGGCCAAACGUCAUCAGGGAAAACGCACACCAUGGAGGGGAGGCUCCAUGACCCUGAGAUGAUGGGGAUAAUUCCUCGUAUCGCUCAUGAUAUUUUCGAUCACAUUUACUCCGUGCAGGAGAACCUUGAGUUCCAUAUUAAGGUUUCCUACUUUGAAAUCUACCUGGAGAAAAUCAGGGAUUUGUUGGAUGUGUCGAAGACCAACCUGCCGGUGCAUGAGAAUAAAAAUCGUGUUCCCUAUGUGAAGGGUUGUACCGAGCGCUUUGUUUCUAGUCCAGAGGAAAUGAUGCAAGUGAUUGAUGAUGGAAAAGCAAACCGGCAUGUAGCAGUAACCAAUAUGAACGAGCACAGCUCCCGUAGCCACAGCAUCUUCCUCAUCAAUAUCAAACAGGAGCAUUUGGACACUGCGCAUAAACUGACAGGAAAACUCUACCUGGUCGACCUGGCUGGCAGCGAGAAGGUCAGUAAGACGGGGGCCGCAGGCGCCGUGCUUGAUGAAGCAAAAAUGAUCAACAAGUCUCUAUCAGCGCUUGGCAAUGUGAUCUCUGCACUGGCAGAGGGGACUAAAACUCAUGUGCCGUACCGUGACAGUAAGAUGACGCGCAUCCUUCAGGAUUCUCUGGGUGGAAACUGCAGGACCACCAUCAUCAUCUGCUGCUCUCCAUCUGCCUUUAACGAGGCCGAGACGAGAUCCACGCUCCUCUUUGGACAAAGAGCAAAGAGCAUCAGAAACACGGUGUGUGUGAAUUUGGAACUGACAGCAGAGGAGUGGAAGAAGAAAUAUUACAAAGAGAAACAGAAAGGCGUUAAUAUGAAAGAGCUCGUAGACAAACUGCAGACAGAGCUCAAUCAGUGGAAGACUGGUGUGUGUGUACCUGUGACGGAGAAAUUGAGUGACAAAAAACAGGAAGAGCUUAGUGACCACGUACCAAUCGUCAGUAAUGGCUUGGCUUCUGAAACGCUGGCCAUGGAGAACAGUCAGUACGAGGAGAACAUCAGCAACCUGUACAAACUACUGGAUGAUAAGGAUGAAGAGAUUAACCUACAGACGCAGCUGGUGGAGAAACUGAGGCUACAGAUGGAAGUACAGGAAGAGUUCUUGGCGUCGUCGCAGCGGGACUGCACUCGUGUUCAGGAGGAGCUGUGUUCUCUGCGGAGAGACAACGAAGACAUGAGGAGAGAGGUGAGGGAGGUGCUGUCUGCACUGGAGGAACUCGCUCUUAACUAUGACCGGAAGAGUCAGGAGGCCUCCAACUCAACACAUACCAACCACACACUCGGCUCACAGCUCGCUGUGAAGAACGAGAUGCUAGAGGCCACUCGGAGCGAGUUAGUUGAGCUGCAGGAACUCAUUGCUAGUCAGAAGAGGAGGACAGUGGACGUUCUCCAUGUGCUGCUGAGAGAUCUGAGUGACAUGGGAGCCAUCAUCUGUGUUCAUGAAAUCAAAAUGGUGUGUGAGGAUGGUGUUUCUUUAGACGACGAGUUCUCAGCGGUUCAACUUUUCCUCACAAAGCUCAAGUCUGAAUUGAAAAGCCUUAUCAUUCACACCAAACAGUUAGAGUCUACCCAUGAGCACACCUCGUUCAAGAUCCUGGCCAGUGACGGAGAGCUAGCUUCCUGUCACUUACUCAUCUCUCAGUACCAGGUGAAGAUCAAGUCUUUGACGGAGUGUGUGCAGAAAGCUGAGGAGACGAGGAGAGCGCUGGAGAUCACUCCGCACAUGCUUGCUGAACAGUUACCCAAACUUCACACACACGAAAGCAACCAGGAUUUGUGUGAACUUGAGAAGCAGAAAGAGCUCCUGAAGGUAAACCAGUCCCCGCAAAGCCAGGGUGCUUCGAAUGAGCGUCACAGAGAGACGCAGUCGAAGAUGUUGGUUCAAAUGCACGAGGAGUUUAACAGCAAACAGAGAAUGCUGGACGAACUGAAGGAGUUUAAUGAGAAUUUGGUGCUGGAGCAGAAAAGGCUUCAGUGUGAAUAUGAAACCCUGAGGAUGCGCGUGCAGGAGAAAGAAAUCAACCUACAGAAACUAAUUGUGUCUAAUGAGAAGACCGAGCACACCAGUGCUGAGCUGAGAGACUUUGAAGAGGCACUGGCCCAACAGCUCCGGUCUUUACAUAGUUUGCGGACAAUGUUUGUGCAGAACCUGACCACACAUGUUGAAAAGAGCACUGCACCGGACUGUGAGAAUGGAGAAAGCCGUGUGCUACAUAAACAUAAGGUCUCCUUCCUGGAGAACAACCUAGAACAGCUCAGCAAAGUCCAUAAACAGCUGUUACAAGAAAACGCAGACCUGAGCUGUGAGCUGCCCAAACUGGAGAAGCGCCUGCGUGCUAUGAUGGAGCGGGUGAAGGCGCUGGAGUGUGCACUCAGAGAGACCAAACAGAGCACAGCACAAGACCGCAGACUUUACCGGCAGGAGGUGGACCGCAUCAAAGACACAUUACGAGCCAAGAGCAUGGCCUGCUGUGGACACUCUGCUCUUAUCGCUAAGCCUAUUCGUGCCGGCCACCAUCAUGCCUUCUCUGUAACUGCUGGGAGAGGAGGACCGAUCGUCUAUAGCUAUCACCAUUUUUAAUCUUCAUUGUGUGUGUCCCCAAUUGACUGUAUUCACUGAGGACUUGUGGUAAAUUAAGGGACUUGAUUUGGAGAUUUCUUCCUGUGGUUUUGGCCGUUUCUUCACAGCACUGUCUCAAAUUAAAUAAAAUGAAAUAUUUUCUUUCAGCUGUGUGUUCUUUUCUUACAGAUUUUGAUUUGGCUACAGAAGCAGGGGAGGCAUAGAGUAUUUAAUAUGGUGAGGUUAUGUCUAAGCUGUUUAUUUAGCAUUUUUGAAGGAGUCUCCCGUGUCAGUGUUUUGUACCAAUAAAAGGUAAAGCUGUUUCCACACAGUUUUCCUGUAACAGCA